AAGAGCACAGUUUGAGGACCCCUGCUCUACAAGGAAAAGAAUCAAUUUGUCUGAGAUGUUGCUGGAGGAGAGGUCUAUGGAAACCAAGGAUUGCCAGAAAGACAAAUGGGUCUUAGAGCAAAUGGAGCCUGAACAUUUAGAAUAAAUCAAGGCUGAAAUACGCUGCCUUGGAGUAUGGUUGAGUUUCCUUCUUUGGAGGUUCUUAAACAGAGGUUGGAUGGCCAUCUAUUGGGAAUGCUUGGGUUGGGUCUUUCUGCAUGGCAAAAGCUUGGACUGGAGGGCCCAUGGAGUAUCUUCCAACUCUAUGAUCUAUGAAUUAGAAGGCUUCCACUUCUCUUAGGCAAACUAGGCCAACUGAACAGCUCUGCCAUUGGCUCAUUGACCUCUGAGAUCAUAAUCUCAUAGUUCUAGUCCACUGACCAUCCACUACUGGACUGGAAUAGAAGGUGACUUCUGAAGGAGCCAUGGACAGUGUGGCCACCGGAUAGCUUUGUUGUCGUUGUUCAUGAACUCCCACUGACAACUUUGUCACAUCCGGAGAUGGAAACAGGGGAAGACUUUGUGUUUGUUGAGCAAGAGGAGGGAACACAGGCCUGUGAAGGCCAGACACCCAUCCCUACAGAGCCGCCAUUUGGUAAAGCAAACCCGAAGCCCCCUGAGCAAAGCCAAGCCUCUCGUCUCUCCACGCUGUCUGUUGUGUGCAUCCAACACUCGGUGGAUUUGGCGAACCUCUACCACGACCUCAAGGAGGUGGAGCGGGAAACAAGACACUUCCAGGAAGACAUCACAAACACUUUGUGCACGCUGGAAAGCACCCUCAGGGCCUUGACAGAGCUGAUGACCAGACUCGAAACCAGAACCAGGAACGUGGAGCAGAGGCUGAGAGAAGAAGAAGACCGAGGCACCGCUCGGAGCAAAAUACUUGCGUUCCUAUUAUCUGGAGAGAAGGAGCUCCGCAAAAAGUAUGCCAUUCUGGAAAGGAUGUUCCUCAAGAAGAGCGCCUGGCUGGAAGGGAUGAUCCAUAAAUGGACAAAGACUUAGAGAAACCCAACCAGAGUGGAACUUGCCAUUAAAAACAAAACAAAACCAAACAACUUGCAAAAUGUUUUUCCCAGCACUUAGGUCUCAGGACCUAAUCCCGACAAGGAGUUUUAUAAUGGAAAAGGGCAAAUUAUUUUGAAUAAAUAUAACCAUCCUUAGAAACUGUCUUCAUAACUUUAAGGGGACGUGGUCAUAGCAUUAUUCUCCCACUUUAACUGCGAUGGCAGCUUCCUGUGGCAUUCUGGGGUUGGUAGUUUAGUGG